AUGUACCUUGCUGCCAGAGCGCCGGCCACGUGGGUGCUCCUGGCUGGCUGGCUGGCCUUGUGGUGUAAUUUCAAGUUGAUGAAAUCCGGAAUCCUGCCGGGAAUGCUCAUACUAUGUCACACAACACUGCGUUCUCUUGAGCUAGGGGAGACCUUCCGGCGUGGAGUCUGGGAUGAUACGUUCAACAGCUGCAACCCUUCGACUGCUCAGCGCAGUUGCAACCGCUACCCGUGCCGCCGCAGAUAUCAGCGACGUCCACCACUAGGAGCAAACAGGCCUUCUGAGGGGGGGGGGGGGCUAGAGAUGACGUACCGAGCUGGAGUCUGGCAGGCACAGUUGCCUCUGGCGCAACUGCAGCUAUUGGCGUUCACGGGUCCGCAGGAACUACCGGUUGAGACAGACGCAACACAUCAACCUAUGAUCGAGGAGGCAAACGGCAGCAACAGGAGAAAGCGGACGUACGAGCAAUUAGACGGGCAGCUGCAGGAUUGUGCCAUGGUGAUUGCUCAGCUUCUUUCGCGAUGAAGGUUGCAAGUGGUGGAUAGACG